AUGUCGGAUCUGACCAUGAACACCGCAACGAACAUCGCUGGCGCCGCCGCUCCUCCUCCUCCUCCUCCUCCGCCUGGCGGCGGCGGCUUCGGCCACCAAGGCCCUGCAGGCGAUGCUUCGACAUCGCAGAAUAUAGAAGAAAUAUUGGAGUCCAUUAGGACCCAACUCGAGCUCACCGCGUCCAUCGUGAACCAAGGAAGCUCAAACUCGGCCACCGACGCGAACGCCCAGCACGCGACGGUCACCCAGCUUCUGCACGCCAUUCUUUACCAAGUACAGCAAUUGAACAUCGCCAUCCGCGAUGAAGGUCGAACUCUGCACAUGGCGAUCCUGAACGGCUUCCAAGGCCUUCAAGGCACUUUGGUCGCCCACCGCCAGCAGGCUACCGACCAGAACCGCGAGCUCGCGGAUGCCAUUACUCAGCUCUUUCGAUACUUCAUGAGCCGCCUGAACUAG